AUGGAACCGGGUUCAAUGCAAUCCAGCAACAGGAAGAGUCCUGAGAUCAAUCUUGCUGAGUUGGGAUUAUCUGAAAGAAUUGGAAAAGGCCUUGAGAAGUUGCAGCAUCUAAUGGUAUUGUCUCUUUCUCAUAACAAUUUCAAUGGUUGCAUUACUCAUCCACUUACACUUUUCAGCACCAUUCAGAAUCUUAAUCUAAGUCACAAUGGCUUCUCGGGUCAAAUACCAGCUUCAUUUCUCAACAUGAGUUCAAUUAGGUCUCUUGAUCUUUCUCACAACUCAUUCUCAGGACAUAUCCCUCAAAGUUUCUUUGACAGUUACAAUUUUCUUCACUACUUUUCUUUGUCCAAUAACAUGUUUGAAGGACAAAUUCCUAGCAGAAUCUCUAGAUGUUCUUCAUUGAAUAGCAUUGAUCUUUCAAAUAACCGUUUCGCCGGUUAUAUUGAUUUUGUUGUUGUUUGGUCAUUGAGUAGGCUUAGAAUACUGACAAAAAGGGUUUCUCGAAAUGAACAUGCUUUCCGCAACAAGGGAAGAACAACUACACCGAGUAACGGCAGCUCCGAUGGUGGUUCCAGCAACACCCGCGCCACACCCGGUGAGCAGAACGGUGGAAGCAACGAUGCAGCCGCUCCAAAUGGCAAGCAACGGCAACGGACAACAUCAGCGGCGGUGAAAGGCAGUGGAGACGGUGACGGAUCUGAGGCGGGGAGGCACGGCCACACGAACAGAAGCCCUCCCUUCGCCGAUCUCUCUCUCUCUCCUCAAGCUUCUCUCACUUUGAAUCUUGCCAGUGGUUGCCCUGGGAGCUCGACAACGGCGAUAGCACACAGCGGCGUGGUUCCGUGCAGUGGGUCGCCCUCCUCGCGUCACUGGUCGCGUCCUCCUCCCUCAGAGUUGCACGGUCUCUCUCUCUCCUCUGGCUUCCUCCUCCGCGACGGUAAUGGCGGCAACGGCACGGGGUCCUCACGCGCAGCAAUCCGGCGGCAGCUUCACAAGUCGACGGCGACGCGAUUAGGCCGCAGCAGCAGCGUGGUGACGGCGCUCCUUGUAAAAACCGCAACUAAUGAACCGGUUAAUUAA